AUGUCGGAUUCCAUCCGCGACGCUCAAUCGAGUCGUGCAGCCGCGGAAAUGUUCCUGCUUACUCUGGCGGACGAAGGUCCCAACGUCAACAGGCAGCUAUCGCCGUUGUGGGCUUCACGAGACGAAUUCCAGAGGACACUAGAGCAACCGGGACUUCAGGGGACUUUAGAAGAUAUCGUAAUGCAUGACCAUGAAAACUUAGUGCCAACGUUCGACGGUGCCCCGACGUUAAAGUCAUCCCAUCACUCUUCGGGAAACCCUACACCUGCCCUGUCUGCAAAUAAUAAGAAGAGCAAAUACGAACGCAGCCAAUAUACAUCCAGAGCAAUUACGAUCUUGGAUGAUAUCUCAAAAUCUGUGGAGGCUUGUUCGGCCAAUCUUCAAAGGGAUGCACAACUCCCAGAUGCCCUGGAACACGCAAGAAAACGAAUUGCGCAGCUGCAUCGCAAGCUGGACAAAGUCAAGCGCAAGACCCCCUCCAUUUUGGAAGAGAAGGAACGCAUUCGGCGAAGACUAUUAGAUUUGAACGCACAACUGAACGAGAUGCAAAAGGAGCGGACAACUUCUGGCAACAAUUCCCCUCUUCUCUAUGAUUCCAGCCAUCAUUUUGAGCCCCUCGUUGACAACCAAGAUCCUCCGGCUCAGAUCGCAACAUUUAUUGGGGUUGUAUCGGCAGUGAUGAUAGGUGCAGGUCGGCGCAUGGCCGAGUUUAUCCUCAAGACAAUGCCCAUUAUGUUGCGCAGCGCUUUCGAAAUCUCUUCGAUUGAAAUCGAUAUGCAACAGCAACAUAUCUUGGAUCAAAUACCGUCAACACUGAAUACAGCCCUCUCCAAAUUCAACUUAUCUUCGAAAACCGUUACCUACGCGGUCUGUCCUGCCUGCCAUUGCACAUACCCACCCGCCUUUCCACUGGAUCCAAAUAAACCGGAGUAUCCGUCCGUCUGCAAUAAUUUUCCCAAUCUAGGUUCAGAUCUGUGUGGGAUCCCUCUUUUGGAAAGCGACGCCGAUGACGGGGGGAAUCCUGUUCCCAUCAAAACUUUUGUCUCACAUAAGACAGUUUAUUUAUAA